UCGGAGGCAGAGGGAGGACUGAGCUCAGGCUACGCCGGAUCCGCAUUAGAUGUACCAUCUAGUCAAGGCUCAAAAAGGGUGUCUAGGAGGACGUCUAUAGUAACUUCCCCCAUUCGAUGUCCAUCACCAUCUCCGUCUGACUUCUCUUUGGAUGAAGGGAAGUUUGAAAAAAACGCAGUCUCAGCAAAGAAAAUCACACUUGAUCUUGUUCCAAAGGAAACACUGUCCAUGACGACACCGGAACAAGUGGAUGGUGGUCAGGACGAUACUGCGGAGGCUAGCCAAACAGAAGAAGUCCUGAGUUCCGAAGCCAGCUGGCUUAUUCAGUGGGCAUCAAAGGGUGUAUGGCAUCACUUUGCCUACUACAUGAUCCCGAUUGAUGUUGACUCAUGGCCCAAUCUAUCAAUAAUCAGUAAAAUAUCCCAAGUACUCAAAGUUCCCAUCUUUGUCAUAUUUCGACUCACUAUUCCGACCGUGUUCGAGGAACUCACCGACGAAGCUGAGAUCCUGGUAGACAGAGGUGAGCUAGUGGAAGUUACCCGGUCUAUGGAUGCAGUAGUAGAGGAAUCGGAGUCUGGAACGAACACAUCGCUGCCACGUUGUUCAUCUGAAUCACUUAACAGCGAUCCGGAAAAAGGAGGUGAUUCUGUGGAAGAUGUACCGUUUGAAUUGGACUUGGAGGCGAUGCAUGGAUGGUGCAAACCAUUGAACGUUGCCCAGUGUAUUAUCGUUCCUACUUUAUGGCCAUUGUUGCUCACAACAAACGGAAAAUCGUUCGGAAUCUCCCCAAUUGCGGGUAGUCAGGUGCCCGUAUUUGUACCCUUCACACUGGGUGGUGUAGCAAUCGCCGUCGCUGUUUACUUCACAUCCACGUGGAAUCAACCCCCUCGAUUCUAUCAUCGACCAUUCUUUGCAACACUGGGAUUCGCUACCUCAAUUAUUUGGAUCUACACUUUGGCUCACGAAUUGGUGAAUCUGUUGGAAGCGCUUGGAAUCGUUUGGGAAAUAAGUGAAGCUAUACUAGGAGUGAGUGUGAUGGCACUGGCUAGCUCAAUUGGAGAUAUAAUGUCCAAUUGCCUUCUGGCACGCAACGGGUAUCCACGAAUUGCAUAUGCGGCCUGUAUUGGCUCACCACUGUUCAACCUAUUGUUGGGUGCAGGACUGUCAUACACGAUCAAAAUCAGUCGGAACAAUGAUAGCUUCGCAAUUCUUUCUUUCACCCUCACACAAGCGGUCUUAUUCUCCAGCCUUGUCGCUGUACUCAUAUGCAAUGUGAUUGUUGCACUCAUUUUCAACUUCAAAUUCCAUCGCGCCUACGGAAUCAUUCUGAUUUUCUUCUACGCAAUUUUUUUCACAAUUGCCAUCCUCAUCGAAGCGGAUGUUAUAGUAUCACCAAAGAACUGGGGUCUUCUCACUGGAACGGAGUAG